UCUCUCGCUGCGCUCCGCUCCCACUCAAACAUCUGAUCCCCUCUGAAGGCGCAACCAAGACAAGAGGUCGCGAGCAAGCGGAAUUAAUCCACAGAAAAAAAACUUCAACAGAGAGAGCGAAGAGCAAAAAAAAAAAAAAAAAAAAAAAGAGAGAAAGGAAGAAGAAGCGAAGGACUAUCGAGCACCGGGAUAAGAGGAAGGAAUACGACUUUUUGUUUUCUGAAUCCUCGUUUAUUAUUUAAACUUUUUUUUUUCUUCUAAUAAAGUCACUGGGAGUUGUGCCGUCAUGAGGAUCUUCGGUGUCGUCCUCCUGCUGCUUCACGCCGUGGCGGUGUCCAGAAUCGCGAGCGGUGCUGCAGUCGACAGGUAUGAAAGCGACCGGCAGCGGCACAGAGCUGUCUUCAAGUUUUUGGACACGACCAGGGACAAGAGGGCAGAGGAGGAGAGCAGGACGAGCAUCACGGCGACGACGGCGGGGUACAGCCAGGAGGACGAGGACGAGUACUACGACGAGUACUACGUAGACGAGUACGACGACGGCAUGUCUGGAGACUACGAGCUGCCACAAGUUGCCAUGUCGAGCAAACCCAAAGACCCGUCCGCCAUCUUGGAGGCUGAGAGCACUGAGGGAAAGAGGAGGAGAGGAAAGGGGAGAAAGAAGGGAAAGGGCAAGGGGAAGAAGAGGAACCCCUGCCUGAGGAAGUACAAGGAUUUCUGCAUUCACGGCACCUGUCAGUACCUGAGGGACCUCCGCGCCCCGUCCUGUGUGUGUGACCCGAGUUACUCAGGAGAGAGGUGUCAGUUCUUCACGCUGCCCUUGGAGAAGCCUCAGGAGGGCUACAACCGGACCACAGCUCUGGCCGUGGUGGCCGUGGUGCUGUCGUCCGUCUGCCUCGUCAUCAUAGGCCUUCUAUUACUGCUCAGGUUUCACAAGCGGGGAGCGUAUGAUGUAGAGAAUGAGGAGAAGGUCAAACUAGGGUUAGCGUCCAACCACUGAAAAGACAAAGAGAGAGGCAACGAUGCGGAAAUUCUACCUCAAAAUAGAAAAAAAAGAGAAGUGAACCGCGAAGGGAGGUCCUGGAGGAAUCGUACAUGAAGAAGGGAACAGAGGUUGCUUGUCUGGCCCGAACCCCUCUGCUUAGACGUUCAGAUAGCACAAACCGAACGGGCAGCUGAACAUAUUCCUGCAGGCCUCGGAGGAAGACGGCCCGCCUGAAACUGGAAUACUUACGGUUCAGAGGAUGGACUGGAGGUGUGACGAGCAACAGGUGGUCAAUGAGUGCGAAGGAAGAAGAAGAAGAAGAAGACGAAGAAGAAGGAACGUGUCUCGACUCUGUGCUGCUUCCUGACUGUGUGAAAAGAGGUCGUUUCGAGACUGAACUGAACAAAAAUUUUAACAACGAGAGCUCAACCUGGAUUUUUUUUUCUGCUCAACAGACAGCAUUUUGUAUUUUCCUGCACAAGUCCAUCUUUUUUCUGUUUUUUUUUUGUUUUGUGUACAGUAAAAACAGUAUAUUUAUAAUUUUAAUUUAUUUAUUUAAGCUAACUGUAUUUAUAGAGAUUUUAACCACCUUCAACAAGUUUUUGAAAUAAUGAUGUUACAGUUGUUUUUAUAUUCCUUAUCGGACGAUAUGAUAUUUAUUUAUGAAAACAGAAAAAAGCAAAUGAUGCAGAAGCUCCUCGAGAUAUUAUUAUAUGAAAUGCAUAAACAUCUGAUUUCUGGCUUUCAUUUUUUUUUUUUUUGGCACUUGGUAGAUGAUCAAUAGCACUGUGAUUAAUAAAUUGAUCAUUGAUUAGACUCUUCAGGGUGGUUUCAUUGAAAGCAAUGCUUUUCAGUUACACACAUUCACACCCGGAGGCUGCCCAGUACGACCGGUGGGAUCUGUCUAGAUCUGGACUAGGAGCUGGGAGGGGCGUGGUUCAGGGCAUUGCUCAAAGGCACAUCAGCAGUGGUGAUGAGUAAGGGGCAAGCACUGCUCUUUGUCUAGCAGUAGUGCCAAGGUGUAGUUCUGUGCCUCAGUGUCAGUGUUCAUCAUUAGGAUACAUUGCACUGUCUAUUGCUAUAAGGCAAAUGACAAAACUGUGCACUCCGUAUUGUUAAGAAAAUUUUUAAAAGGGAAGUCAAAUAUCGAAUGCACUGUAGAAGAAUCUGGUAUGAAUAUGUUUUUUGAAGUAACUCAGAUCCAUGUUCAGCUGCAAGCAAAAAAAAAAAAAAAAAAAGAAAUGUGAAUUCAAGUGUUCCACCCUUUCAAAUCCUGUCCAGCAGUUUUGAAGUGAUUUUUAUUUAUGUGAUUUUUUUUUCCGAGCAAAAUAAAAAAAAAAAAAGCCAAAAAAACCCCUCA